CAAUAUUUGUUCCACCAUUUCUCCAACAAGCGGCCUUGGCUUUUCUUUCAUCGCUUCUACCAACUUAUUUCUCUCCCUCUUCUCCUUCCUCUCCUCACCACACAAACCAAACCAAGAACAACCUUGUAUUACUCAUUAUUAAUAAUUAAUAUUGCAAUGGCAAUAGACUGCAUAACGACCAUGCACCCCAUCAUGCCUCAACCGUCCAACCAAGAAAUCAAAGAACAAGAUCAACAUCCUCUUGUCUUUGAUGCCUCAGUCCUCAGACACCAACUUCACAUACCCUCUCAGUUCAUUUGGCCUGACGAGGAGAAAGCAUGCUUGGAUGAGCCCGAGUUACAGAUUCCAUUCAUUGACUUGGGAGGCUUUCUCUCCGGUGACCCUCUUGCUGCCACGGAAGCCUCCAGACUCGUCGGUGAAGCAUGUCAAAAGCAUGGCUUCUUUCUGGUUGUCAACCAUGGGAUUGACCGGCAGUUGAUAUCCGAUGCUCACCUUUACAUGGAUAACUUCUUUUCCCUUCCCCUGUCUCACAAACAGAGGGCUCAGAGGAUGCCAGGGGAGCACUGCGGCUACGCCAGUAGCUUCACCGCCAGGUUCUCCUCUAAGCUCCCUUGGAAAGAGACCCUUUCCUUCCAGUACUCCGCAUGCAAUAACUCACCAACCCUUGUCAAGGACUACUUAUGCGAUAAAAUGGGCACAGAGUUUCAGCAAUUCGGGAAUGUUUACCAGGACUACUGUGAAGCCAUGAGCAAUCUUUCUUUAGGUAUAAUGGAGCUUCUGGGAAUGAGCCUUGGAGUCGGUAGAGCUUAUUUCAGGGAGUUCUUUGAAGAGAAUAACUCGAUAAUGAGGCUGAAUUACUACCCUCCGUGUCAAAAACCAGACCUCACUUUAGGUACUGGACCUCAUUGCGAUCCAACCUCUUUGACCAUUCUUCACCAAGACCAAGUGGGAGGCCUGCAAGUUUGUGUUGACAAUGAGUGGCAUUCCAUUAAACCUGCUUUCAAUGCUUUUGUCGUCAAUGUUGGCGAUACCUUCAUGGCUCUUUCGAAUGGGAGAUACAAGAGCUGCUUGCACAGGGCAGUGGUGAACAGGGAGACAACAAGAAAAUCACUUGCUUUCUUUCUGUGUCCGAGAAGUGACAAGGUGGUGAGUCCACCAUGUGAAUUAGUGGACAAAAUGAGCCCAAGGCUGUACCCAGAUUUUACAUGGCCCAUGCUCCUUGAGUUCACUCAAAAGCAUUACAGAGCUGACAUGAAAACCCUUGAGGCAUUUACCAACUGGCUUCAACGCAAAUCAACUCACUCAAACUUCAUCACCUGACACCUCCGCAUUUGUUCCACGAAUCGGAACAAACCAAGGAACAUGGAAGAUAAAAUACUUCAAACCAAAUCAAUAAACUAAAUUCUUCGG